CAUUAAUAAGCACUUGUCCGUUCAACCUAGUUUCUCAUUUCACUGCACGAGUUAGUACGGGCUGGAUAGAGUUUGAACAACGACGGCGACAGUGACAGUGAAAUGGUGCUCUUUGUUGCUACGGUCACGCUAGCUGCGCUUCUAGCCACGGCUGCCAAUGCUGCCCAAUCGGAUCAGUUCUGCAUGGCGGACACCAAAAAAUGUACAUCCCGCUUCUCCGGCUUCAAAUACGUAACAUCCGAAAUAACCGAUCUCACCACCCAGCUGCUGGAUCAAUCGUUCGACUUCCUGUUCCUAUCGACGGCCUUCAACCAGCACCACAAGGAUCGUCCCGGCUUCGAGAAGCUCUACCGCAACGUUGCCGACCAGGCCUGGGCCGACACGAUGGCCCUGAUGAAGUAUCAAAGCAAGCGUGGCUUUCGGGCAGCGCUCAAUCCGGCCUACAAGCAGACGAGCAGUGAACUGCGGUUGCUGGGCGAUCCGAGGGUCGCCGAAGAGCUCAGCUCCCUCAAGAUGGCCAUGGAGUACGAGAAGCUGGUAGCCGAGGUGGCGCACGGCAUUCACAAGAAGAGUUCCGUUGCCCACCAGCACCCGGCGCAGUACGAUCCGGACGUGGCGCACUUCUUCGACGAGCAGAUCGUCAAGGGACGAAGCGAUUCGGUCCGGAAGUUCACCGGAUACAUCCAUUUGUUGAACGGGAUUUUGAACGACGAUGCCCACACCCGGGACAUGGGAUUGCACCUGUUCGAUCAAUAUCUGAAGACGGUCGAGUGAGUGGAGAAC